AUGAAGGGCUCACCGUGUGUUUUCAGCUCGGCCGCAGCCAUCCGAAGCGUAUUCCUCAACAAUGCAGCCCCCAUCGCCGGCCCCGCGCACCUUCAGCGACUUUUAUUGCCCUCAUUAGCAACACCAUCGCGGCAACGUUCCUUUUUCGGGCGAGCAAGCCCAGAAACCGAGAGAUUCCCAGUUGGAACAUUUCGAAGAUCUCCCACCUUGGACAGAAGAGAGCCAAAAGUCACCGAUGGCAGGAUUCUAAACUACAACAUCAGAGGCAAUAUGGUCGUCAUCCGCACCAAAGAUGGCACCCUCAGCGAACCCCAAGACAAGAUCGAAGUCUUGCGGAAUCUAGACUUGAACAAGAGCGCGCUCGAACAGAUUGCAGAGCCGCAUUCUGGCCGCCCGUUCCCUAUUUGCAGGAUUAUUCUCCAAGGGGACGAGCAAAAGAAGGCGUAUAAACAGAUGAAGGCGGAGAAGAAGAAGCUGCAGAAUGGGGUCAAGAUUGUCACAAAGGAGGUUGAGAUGAACUGGGCGAUGGCGCCGCAUGACUUGGCCACGAAGAUUAGGAGGCUGAAGGGGUUCUUGGAGAAGGGGUAUAGGGUUGAGGUUACGAUGAUGCAUCCCAAGAAGAAGAGCAAGAGGAAGGCGAAUGAUGAGGAGGCGAAGCAGGUUUUUGGUGAGGUGAUUAAAGUGCUGGAGGAGGUGCCUGGGACGACAGAAUACAAGUCGAGACAGGGGCAGGUUGGAAAGACGCAGUUGUUGUUUUUGCAGGGGAAGAUUCCCAAGGCUCAACCUGCCGCUGCUGGGAUGGAGAGCUCGCCAGAGACGGCUGAUGAGAGUGCUGGGGAAGAAAAGGAGGCUGAAAGUCAGGAAAGGUCGGAUACUGCUGGAAGCUAA